AAUCUUCUCCCAAUUUGCAUCUCUGCAAGAUGUAAGAGAGAGCAAGCAGCAGAAUUCAUAGCUCAAUCCAUCAGUGCCCUAGAUCCCCCUUCCCAUUUCUCCUCCUCCCAUCAGCCCACCACUCCCUCAGCUCUCAUUCAAGGUUUCUUGGGUUCUUUUGGUUCAAUGAUGGAGAUGGGGGAUGUUUGAGCUCUGAUAGAUCUUGGGUUUCAUCUUUGGUUCUUUUGCUGUGAUAAAAGGGCCAAAGGUGAUAUUUUUAUGGUAUAUAAACAGGGGCUUUUCAGAGAAACAGAGUGAGCUUGUGAGGUGUCUUUUGUGUGUGGCUGUUUUUCUGUGACAACAAUGUUCAAAGAUUUCGCCUUUUAGUGUAAUUAGGGAUUUUGUUUUGUUUUGUAGCAGGAGUGUGGUUUUCAUGUUUGGCUCUAUAGUGGUAAAAUAGGCCAAAUAUUUUAUCUUUGGGUAUGAUUGAGGGACUUUUUGGAGAAAAGGUGUGAGCUUGGGAGGUGGAUUUCGUGUUUGGCCCCUUUACUGUGAUAAGAAAAUGGCCAAAGAUUUUAUGUUUUGGUAUGGUUGAGAGACUUUUCCGAGAAAAGGUAUGAGUUUGUGUGGUGGGUGUUCGUGGAUUUGCUGAAGAACAGUGAUUGAGAGAAAGAAAUCUACUAAAAAGUAGAAAAAUUUUCUUCAUACGCCCCGAGUUAGGUAUAAGAUGGGUUGUCUUUGCUGUAAACCUUCUGCAAUUGAAGACAGUAGAGAGAGUCCAAGGGAAAGGCCGUCAAGAAAGACAUCAGCAGAUCUGCGGGUAUCAAGGGGGGUUUCUUUAAGUAGAGAGGAUGCUUUUAGGGCGAAAGAUCCAUUGGAAGGCAAUGAAGUGAAGACAAUGUUGAAUGUGAAGCAAGGAAAUGGUUCAAUCAGGUUGCACAAUGAGAAGUACGAUAGGAGAAGCAGUGGGAAGGUGGAAUAUUUAGUUGCCACUAACCAUCCCGGAAUGGGGACAGUUCCCAGAGCUUAUGAAGGAGAACAGGUUGCAGCUGGAUGGCCACCCUGGUUGGUUGCCGUGGCGGGUGAAGCUAUCAGUGGAUGGGUGCCAAGGCGGGCAGAUUCUUUUGAGAAAUUGGAUAAAAUUGGACAAGGCACUUACAGUAAUGUUUACCGUGCUCGUGAUCUUGAUCAAGGAAAGAUUGUAGCUUUGAAGAAGGUUAGGUUUGAUAAUCUGGAGCCUGAGAGUGUUCGGUUUAUGGCAAGGGAAAUUCAAAUCCUUAGAAGACUUGGUCAUCAUCCAAACAUAAUAAAGCUGGAAGGUCUAGUCACAUCUCGGAUGUCAUGCAGUUUGUAUCUUGUCUUCGAGUACAUGGAACAUGACCUUGCCGGGCUUGCCUCACAUCCCGGUCUCAAGUUUACUGAACCUCAGGUGAAGUGUUACAUGCAACAACUCCUACAUGGACUCGACCAUUGCCAUAGUCGUGGGGUCUUGCAUCGAGAUAUAAAAGGCUCCAACUUGUUAAUCGAUAACAAUGGCGUAUUAAAGAUUGGAGACUUUGGGUUGGCAAGUUUCUAUGAUCCUACAGAGCAAAAUCAGCCUCGGACAAGCCGUGUUGUCACCCUAUGGUAUAGGCCGCCCGAGCUUCUACUUGGUGGCACUUACUAUGGCAGUGCAGUUGAUUUAUGGAGCACUGGUUGCAUUCUUGCUGAACUUUAUGCCGGGAAGCCUAUCAUGCCCGGAAGAACAGAGGUGGAGCAAUUGCAUAAAAUUUUCAAACUGUGUGGUUCACCUUCGGAAGAGUACUGGAGGAAAACCCGGUUGCCUCAUUCUACAAUUUUCAAGCCCCAACAACCUUAUAGACGUGUUGUUGCGGAAACGUUUAAAGAUUUUCCUUUGCCGGCGUUAGCACUCAUUGAGACCCUACUUUCCAUGGAUCCUGCUAACCGUGGGUCCGCAGCUUCCGCUUUGGCGAGUGAGUUCUUUUCAGCAAAACCGCUUCCUUGUGAUCCUUCAAGUCUGCCAAAAUAUCCACCAUGCAAAGAAUUUGAUGCCAAAAUGCGCGGUGAAGAAACAAGAAGGCGAGCCGCAGCUGGAGGAAAGGUUAACAGACAUGACAGUGAAAGGAGAGGUACGAGAGAAUCGCGAGCGGUUCCAGCUCCCAGUGCCAAUGCCGAAUUAAUCUCAUCAAUUCAGAAAAGACAGAGUAAUCCCAAUUCCAAAAGUAGAAGUGAGAUGUUCAAUUCUCAACAAGAAGAAGCGGCAUCUGGUUUUCCCAUUGACCCGCCAAGACCAUCUCAGCCCGUUGGAUUGUCAAGCAACGAUCCUCAAAGACAACUGCCCAGGAGAGCUGCCCAUUCCGGUCCACUGGCUGACCGAACUGCCCCAAAGAUAUCUGCAGGAGAAGAAGACUUAUCAGCACUGUCUGGUCUGGUCUCUGCAAGGAAGAACAUUCUGUGCGAAAGUCGCGAAGCUCCUAAUAAACUUGUUUCAAGAUUUCCCGGAUCUUUCAAAGACGCUUCAAAUCCGACCAUUAAGCCUAGCCAAACGAGUCAUGGGCCUGCAAACACACAUCAAAACCAUGAAGGAAGUAGCAGCAACAACAGCAAUGAUCCUGUCAUUCUGGGAUAUGGAUCAAAGGGAAACAAGAUUCACUACUCCGGGCCAAUACUCGUUCCAUCUGCAAGGGUAGAUCAGAUACUCAAGGAUCACGAUCGCCAUAUCCAAGAAACUGCAAGAAGGGCGCGUUUGGACAAGGCGAAAGCACGAGCUGCUCAGGCUGCCGAAAGAAGUCAAAACCCAACAAGUUCGUCGGUUAUUUCCGAAGGUUGUUGAUUGCAUUCUUGCCAUGCAGACAUCUACGUACACACGAAGGUUGGGAUGAAAGUUAAGAUGAGAGGCGUAGUGACUUUAGCACCAG